GGUCUGGCCCGGAUUACCUCAGCGCCGCGGGUGGCCACGAACUCGGGUCCCGGAGCCAACCGCGGAUCUCUCAGAAAAUUGAAAGUAGUCAUUUUAGAGCGAGACGUGGGAUGCUUACGUAAAGAAUGGCUUCUCUCUCUCUCUCUCUCUUUUAAAGAUUUUAUUUAUUUAUUAUAAGAAACAGAGAGAGAGGCAGAGACACAGGCAGAGGGAGAAGCAGGCUCCAUGCAGGGAGCCCGACGUGGGACUCGAUCCUGGGUCUCCAGGAUCACGCCCUGGACUGAAGGCGGCGCUAAACCGCGGAGCCACCUGGGCUGCCCUGGCUUCUCUUUAAGCCUUCUCUUCGCGAAGUGCCAGGGAAGAAAGAUGAAUGAGGAGGACCUUUCUCGCCCUCAGGGAAUCUGGUAGUCGGAGACACAUUGCUGAGCACACGGUCACAUCCAAGCCACUGGCAAGUCUGUUGGUUUUAUCUCCAAAAUUUAUCUUGACUCUGCAUCUUUGCCACCAUCCUGAGCCUCUCCUGCUUGGACCACUACCCUCAGUCUUCUGGGAGGGGUGUGAAGAUGCUUAAGGAGCGUCCAGGGAUGGCAGAAGACCCUCAGCAGCAGAUGGGUGUUCCUGUGGUAAAGCUGGAGAAAGAGUUGCCAUGGGGCAGGGGAAGGGAGGACCCUAGUCCUGAAACUUUUCGACUGAGGUUUCGACAGUUCCGCUACCAGGAGGCGGCUGGUCCCCAGGAAGCCCUCAGGGAACUCCAGGAACUCUGUCGCCAGUGGCUGAGGCCUGAGCUGCACACCAAGGAGCAGAUCUUGGAGCUGCUGGUGCUGGAGCAGUUCCUAACCAUCCUGCCACGGGAGUUCUAUGCCUGGAUUCGGGAGCACGGCCUGGAGAGUGGCAAGGCUCUUGUGGCCAUGGUGGAGGACUUCACAGAGAGAACAUUGGAGGCCAAGGCGGUUCCAUGCCACGUGCAGGGAGAGCAGCAGGAGACAGCACUUGGCAGAGGCCCUUGGGAACCAGGUGUUCACCUGGGGCCGGUGGAGGUCAAGCCUGAGUGGGGGAUGACCCAUGGGGAAGGAGUUCAAGGCCUAGACCAAGGCACCGAGGAGCAACUCAGUCAGGACCCUGGAGCUGGGACGCAAGCCUUCCAGGAGCAGGCUCUGCCAGUUCUUCAGGCUGGUCCUGGCCUCCCUCCAGUGAACAGCAGAGACCAAGAGAUGGCAGCUGGGUUCCUUACAGCUGGACCCCAGGGGUUAGGGUCAUUUAAAGAUAUGGCCCUAGCCUUCCCCGAGGAGGAGUGGAGGCAUGUGACCCCAGCCCAGAUAGAUUGCUUUGGGGAAUACGUAGAACCCCAGGACUGUGGAGUCUCAGCUCCAGGCAUUGGGAGCAAGGAAAAGGAGGCUAAAACCCAGCAGGUAGACCUCAAGGGGGCACUUGCUCGGGUGACGUCAGAGAGGUUUGGGGAAGCCACGCUUCAGAGUCCUGAACUUGGAAGAACCUGUGAGCAGGAGCCCAGUAGCUCUGUGGGAAACAUACCAGGGCCACCGCCUCCUCAGCAUGGUGUCGUACCCCUGCCUGAUGACCUCAAGACCCACAGCUCCUUCUGGAAGCCUUUUCAGUGCCCUGAGUGUGGAAAAGGUUUCAGUCGGAGUUCAAAUCUUGUCAGACACCAGCGAACCCACGAAGAAGAGAAAUCCUAUGGGUGUGUCGAGUGUGGAAAGGGAUUCACCUUGAGAGAGUACCUCAUGAAGCACCAGAGAACACACCUAGGAAAGAGACCCUAUGUGUGCAGUGAGUGCUGGAAAACCUUCAGUCAGAGGCACCAUCUUGAGGUCCACCAGAGGAGUCACACGGGGGAGAAGCCCUACAAGUGUGGUGACUGCUGGAAAAGCUUCAGCCGGAGGCAGCAUCUGCAGGUGCAUCGGAGAACUCACACGGGGGAAAAGCCCUACACCUGUGAGUGCGGCAAGAGCUUCAGCAGGAAUGCAAACCUGGCAGUGCACCGGCGAGCCCACACAGGCGAGAAGCCAUAUGGGUGCCAGGUGUGUGGGAAGCGGUUCAGUAAAGGGGAGCGACUGGUCAGACACCAGAGGAUCCAUACUGGCGAGAAGCCCUACCACUGUCCUGCCUGUGGGAGGAGCUUCAACCAGAGGUCCAUCCUCAAUCGGCACCAGAAAACCCAGCAUCGCCAAGAGACCUUGGCACAGUAAAGAUGCCCUGCUGAAAUGCCAUCCUUUUUUGUGAAUGGAAGGUGCAGGACCUGUCAGGACCAUCAGCUGGAGGGAGACUUAUUGGGAGGAUGCAUUGGUCUUUAGUCACUGAAGGGCUUUGAGGUGGGCAUUGAAGAGUGAUGGGGUGCAGAAAGGCAUUUUGACCCAUUUUCUUUCCAUUUGUUGUCAAACAGAGGCAGGGCAAGGCCUGAUACAUUUUGAGUUUCCAGAGCGCAGUUCCUCAUGUCUCUUAUCCAAGUGGUGCGAAUAGUUUUUCCUGCCAUCUUUUGGGGAAAUGAUAUCCUGAAUUUCAGAACAUCCUUUGGUGGGAUGUUCAUAUCUGCCUCGCGAGCAAGUCUGAUAGUAAAGGCAAAAUUUUGUCCCACGGUGGCAACGUAAACCUCAUUUUUAUGAGGGCUGUAUCUACCUGCAAGAUCAUUAGUUCAGAUUCUACCUUCCUUUUCCAUUUAACAAAUAUUUAUUGAACAAUUACUUUGUGCCUGAUACUGGGAACAUGGUGAAUGAGACAUAAGAGACCUGGGUCUCCUGGAGCUUGUGAUUUAUAGCAGUGGAAACACACAGAACCAUUAAUAACCCCAGGCAUUCUAAGUUAUGUUUGUGGUAAGAGCUGUGUGAGAGGAUAGUCUUCUGGUGGUCACUCGUUUUGCUCUGCUGCUCAGGUGCUGGAUCUUUCCCUCCCCAGUUGGGAUCUCUCAGUCAGCUUUGUUUAUUUUACUUUCUUUGUAACCUUUUUCUGUCUCUAACAUUGUACCCUUAUCUGUAAAGUUUCCCCAUUAUUCCUUGUACUGUAACAGCUAUUUACCCAUCCAUUAGGAAAUUAAUAUUUUGCUAUUGAUCACUGAAUAAACAUGAAAGUAUUUUUAAAAACACUCAGUUCUGUAUAAAGAUCUAAUUAAAUGAAUCUGAAAGAUGAACUAGUAUUAAUUAAUACCUGAUAUUUGAUGACACUUUACAGCAUAUUUAGAUGCUUUUAUUCUCUAUUCUUACUUUAUUCAUUCCACACAUAUUUAUUGAGGCCGCACAGGAACUUGGCUAGUUGCUUGCCAUAUAUCAGUGAAUAAAAUAGGGGGAAAAGAUCCCUGACCUUGUAGAACUUAUAUUUUAGUGAAUAUAUUGGAUCUUUAGAACCACGUAGAGUGGAACCUGUGGAUACUCCCAUAAACACUCUGGCCCUGGGACUUGAGCCUUUGUCCUUGGUCCUGUGUCAGUUUCUUGCCUUGAAAUGCAUUUUACCACCUACUUCUUGUUACUGAAUAGUCUCUGUUGAUACAUCUGGAUCCGUGUCUGAGAGGCUUUUGGUCUCCAACUGGGAAUGAUGAGUUUUGCAUGAGUGCUAAUUCAGGAAAGAUAAAGAUGUGUGCAGGCAUUUAAAAAUACGUAAUACUGAGAAGAUACAGUAUUUGUAACCUGUUUACCCUUUAUUUUACCAUCACUAAAGGGUUUCCUUUCUGUUUAAAAUUCUGGAAUAGUUUGCUUAAAAUUCUGUGGAAUGAGCAUGGACCACACUGCAGAGUCGUUGUAGUGCUGUGCCUUUGAAUGCUGGCUGCUGAGUGAGUUACUCUAUCUUUGGUUGACAGUACUAUAAUUCUAAGAUGUGAUUUGACUUGUGGUGCAUUUUUAUUUAUUUUUCUUAAAGGUUUUUAAAAUUUAUUUGAGAGAUUGAGAGCAUGAGUGGGGGGAAGAGGGCAGAGGGAGAGGGAGAAGCAGACUUCCUGCUAAGCGAGGGAAGCCCAAUGCUGGCUGAUCCCAGAACCCCGGGAUAAUGACCUGAGCUGAAGGCAGAUGUCUGACUGAGCCAUUCAGGUGCCCCUUAUGGUGCCUUUUAAUAUUAGAUUCUUUUACUGUUUUUUUUUUCUCUACAUUUUUCAUUGUACAUAAGAUAAAUAAUGAUUUCAACAUUAUUUAUCAAAUAACAAUAUUUAUCAAAUAAUAAUUGCAACAGAGAGUUGCAUUACUCAGUCUACUUUGAAACAUAUUGUUUUAUUCCAUGUUUCUUAGAUGGCCUUGGUAGAUAGCCAUGAUAUUUAAUUUUGAAUUAGCAGAUGAUUUCCUGGUCUCUUAGCUGUCCCCACGAGCCUGCAGUAGCCAGGGCCUAAGUGUAUCUGGGAUGUCAUCCACUAUCUGAAACACUAGGUGGCUGCUGCUUAGCAAUGUUGAGAUCCAGAUGCAAAAUCAGCUUUUUUUUUCCCCCCCACUUCCCAGACAACCUUGGCCAAGCUCACAGCCACCUUGCAGCCAAACCCAGGGGGUAGGCUUUUCCUAAGUCUCUGGCUUCUGGUCUGUAGGACCCAGGACUGAUGUGGCCUGAGUUUGGCCUUCUCUAGGAGGUUCAUUUCCAAAACUAGGCAAGGAGUGUUGGGUAUAGGCUGGGAGUUGCUUAUCAAUGGUCUUUCUGUUUACCUGAAUUAAAUUGUGGAUUCUCUUUGAUCAUAUCCUUAGCCAAAUAGGACUGUGGGGUUUUAGCCAAUUGAAAUCUCUUCAGAGAAGCUUUUGUAGGAGCUGGGGCUUGCUAGCUUUUUCUCUUGGAUUCCCCUAUCUGCUUUGAUACCAAAGUUUAUGGAUAAUGCCUCAAAAAAGCCUCAAAAGAAAUUUUUUUCUCAUAGAAUUUUAGUAACAUUUUUUUUCUAUUUAGGUUUUUUAUAUAAUAGAAAAUUUCAAACAUAUAUAAUGACUCCCUAUGUAUUCAUUGCUUGGCCUUACCCAUCAUAAACUCAUAGCUAAUCUUGUUUUAUUUCUACCCUCUCUUCCCUGUCUUCCACCCCUACCGAAGUAUUUUGAAGCAAUUUCCAAAUAUAACCUAUAAAUAUUUGUGUGUACCUCUGAAAGGUAAGAACUCUUUGAAAAAGAAAACUCACAUUAUUAUCAUACCAAUAAAAACGAACAGUUCCUUAA